AUGCUAAAGUUUCCAAGUUGCAGGUUUUGGAACAGCAGCAGCCAGAAGUUCGGUAGCACGGAGCAGAUCACGAUCGGCUCAGAAACGCUCCCCAAGCACCAGAUGAAGCAGCGAUUUCUGCGAAAGGUUUGGCAGUUCCGGCCCUGGACCCGAGAGCGAGCCUGUCCUAUGGUGGCAAAGCUGAAGCUGCGUCAUCCCUAUGUUUCUCUUCUGGUGCGGCGUGGGGACAAAACCCGAGAAAACACGCAGCCCAUCAACGUGAGCACAAUUGUGGAGUUCCUGGACGCUGUGACUGUCAACGGUACACUGACGCGGGAAGUCUUCGUCGGCACAGAUGACUGUCGCUCCCUGUCAGAGCUCAAGCAAGCAUCCCGGCGAUAUACCUUUAAGAACCUCUGUGGCAAGAGCUGGGAGCUUGGAUGGAAGCAGUCACCAGAGCUGAAGAAGCAAAACUUGACGGAUCACUACAUCAAGUUCUUUGGUGAGUUGCUGGCCAUGUCUGCCUCGGACAUCUUCCUUGGAGACCAUCUCAGUUCCGUGCACCACUUCGUUGCAUACAUGCGACCACUAAGCUCGACCGAGAAGAGUGUCUUUACGAUGCGGAAGGCGAGUUCGGUUUGGUGA